CCAACCCGAUGUGGAGCCUGUGAAUAAAGAGAAGAAAAGGAAAAAGGCACAGCUUAAAAACAAUCAGAUCAGGCCGCAGCUUACGAUCCCAAAACUGUCGAUCAACGGGGAUUGUUACUGCAUGUGUUCUGUUUGUAUGGCAUUUAUCGAUAAUUAUACAAACGUAUGUUUUUCUGAAGGUCUGGGCGGUGUGUCCACCAGUCCUUGUGGUGAGGGUGAAUGCAGCUGCUUUGUCUACUCCGACGCCGAUCCCAAGGGCGGUGAUUGUAUUGAGAAAUUCAAAGCGGUGCAAAACUACUCCAGCCAGUAUCCUGGUGCUUACGGAAACGAAAUUGACGACAAUGACAAUAAAGAAGAGGCAAAAGGGACCCUGGGUGAUAACAAGGACAUGAGAAAGCUGUACCUGCACCAUACCAAGAUUCCCCAAAGCAGGAUUCAGCGACUCCAACCGAGGAAACCACCAAUAAUAUCUAGAACAACUUAAACGCGAACGUGAAGAUGCAAGAAGAAUAUUGAGAGCACAGGGCAGGAAAACCCCAUAUUAUUUACUCGAUAAACGAAAAACUACUCUCUUUUUCCAUGACCCAACCAAAAG